CGGGGUGCGCCGCAGAGUCCAUAAGCGACGACGCCGUGUUUUUUGGGAUUUCAACGUGAUCGCUCAUUAGAGAUCUAUCGAUCGAAAAUACUUUGGAUUGCGUGGUCCACGGUGAUGCAGUGACGGCGCUCCAAGUGCAUUCAAAGCGACAAAUAAGUGAUAGUGCAAACGCGGGUUUUAUCAUAAUAACGAAAAAAAUAAUAAUAAUAAUAACAAUAAUUCGAAUAAAAAUAAUAAUAAUAAUAAUAAUUCGAUUGAAAAAUUAAGACAUGAAUAUUAAUUAAGAAUGUUUUAUUGUUUAACACCUACUUGCCAAGUCAGUGAUAUAAGUGAAACUGUGAAAAGAGGACAAUGAUAAUGCAGAAUAAAUGUAGAAGAAUGAUUUCGAAAAAUAGCGAUACUCUUUAUCGAAUAUAAACUUUUAUAUAUUAUUUGUAUAUUUAAAAGAUACCGAUUUAUAUAUACUUUUAUUCGAAGUGAAUUGUGAAGAAAGACUACACAAGUGAUUUAUAAUUCGAAAACGAGAAAAAUAUGAUCGCUAUUAAUAGGACAGCUUAGAAUUUCAAGGAAGAAUUCGAAAAGUGAUAAAUAAUAUAAUAGAAAACAAAAGACUGCAUAAAAUAAAAUUUUGAAUAUAAUUAUUUUCCAAUAUAACGACAUUCUCCCAGACUCUUUUCAACGUUCAUGAAGAAUAAUUGUGCGAGUUGGAGACGUUAAAAAAGAUAGAAAUAUGUGCGUUAGAGAAUCUCUUCUGGAAUAGUGAAGAGACGUGAAGAGACGUGAAGAGAACAAUCAUUCCCUCGCUCCAAUUGGAAGCAAGUGUUUCGAUCGCGAUCGUCGUCCGUGGAUCAUACUGAGAGCGAGUGCGCGAAGAUGCACACGCUCUUCAGCGAGCAGAAUGCGUACUAUCGGCACGCGGCGACGGUGCCGAUGGGCAUGGGCGCGCCGUCGUACCCGGCGGUCGGUGCUCCCGGUAGUUACUACGAGCAGUAUCGAUACGGUGGCUAUGCAACGGCUACAGGAUAUCCAGUGUCAGGUAUCGGACAGCAGCACAUUCAUCACGCCGGCAAGGAUAUGGUGAAACCACCUUACUCCUAUAUCGCACUGAUCGCGAUGGCCAUCCAAAAUGCACCCGACAAGAAGAUUACGCUGAAUGGUAUCUAUCAAUUCAUUAUGGACCGUUUCCCAUAUUAUCGUGAAAACAAGCAGGGUUGGCAGAAUUCCAUCCGGCACAACCUCAGCCUGAACGAAUGCUUUGUGAAAGUGCCGCGAGACGAUAAGAAACCCGGAAAAGGGAGUUAUUGGUCCUUAGAUCCGGAUAGCUAUAAUAUGUUUGAUAAUGGUUCUUAUUUGAGACGUCGCAGGCGUUUCAAGAAGAAGGAUGCGCUGAAGGAAAAGGAAGAGGCGCUAAAACGACAGGGUAUCCUACCGGAGAAACGUCAGGAGGAUGUUAAAUCUAGUAAUAGUCAGGUUGCAUUGCCGCCACCAUCGGACACUUCGACGAAGAAAUUGGGCGCUCUGGAGGCCACCGGUCUAUGCAAGCCCAAACGAGAACCGGUGAACGAUAAUCAUUGCAUGGCAGCGGCGGCUGCGGCUGCUGCGGUUCAAGCUAGCAAAUACGGCCUGCACAGUCCGAUACAGGAGGAUAAGACGACGACGGCAACGGUCGCGGCCCCUGGUCAGAGCGUUAUCCAGACAGCUCUGGGUCAUCAAGUGCACCAGGCGCACCAAGUGCAUCAGGAGUCGAUCCAAGACGUGUCGAUGGCCGGUCUAGAUCCAACCAGCUUCAGCGUCGAUGCACUAAUGACGACACGGGAGAACAAUGCCGGUCUGAUGACGCGUGAUAAUCAGCACCACUCGCACCAUCCGCAUGGGCUCCAGCAUCCGCAUUCAAUUAUGAGUAGCAGGGAAUCCAUGGGCAGCGGUAGCAGGGAUCUAUCAUCCGCGGGCACCACUACGACUACCACGACGGCAGCGGUGGCGGCGAUGAUGGCCACCAGCGGCUACGGACAUACCAGUACCGUUUCCAGAGGCAACGCCUCGCCACCCGGCACCAUGUACACACCGUAUUGUGCACCGGCGGCCGCCGGAUACGCCAUUAUGGACCAUGAAUACAACACAGCGCGGAAUCACGCGAGCAACACCGUGGGUCAUUCGCAGUGGUAUCAAGACGCCAGUCCCGACACAGCGAUCUAUCAAGACACCCAGUCUCCGAGCUGUCAGCUUUACAGGUCCAGCCCGCCGACGCCGCUUUCGACGGGCGCGGCGCCGUCUCCGCCGCUUUAUCACAGAUAUUACCAAGACUGUAAUGCCGUCAACACCAGCGGUAAUCUGCCGAUAACGUUGCAGAAGUACUGA